ACUACGUACUGUACAUCCAGAGAUACAAAUGUAUGUGCGCGUCUCGCUCUACCUUUAAAAUGAAACUAAUAUUUACUGUGGUUUUUGGAUCAUUUCUGAUUAGUCAAAGCUUAGCUGAUAUUUUAUCAUUUUCGGAGAAGGAGACGGAAAUCAAAGGCCAUGUUCUGGACUUUCCUCUACAACGAGAUGAGCCCCAGUUUAUUGAAUCAUGGGAAAUCUUGCCGGAGAAAAUCGACCCAGAAAAUAAACUGAAAAAUGGUGGAAUAACUGAAAAAAACUUCCAACUCAAACCAGGCAAAAAUUUGCUUGUUAAAUGCGUAGAAGGUGACAAUGAAGUUAAUGCGUUUGUAUACGGCUCAGAAGGUUACUUCAUAGAUAGAUUGAAGCUAAAAAAAAGUAAUAUGGUUUGCGCACAAUUGGUUGAUAACAUUUCUGUAGGCGAGACUUUUAGAGCUGAAAAGUUUAGAUUCAACAUAAUCUACAAGUUUAAUGUGGAGAGUAAACAUUGCAGCUUCAUCUUCAUCAAACCUAAGACAUGUGGUCGGUGUUAUACCAGGGUUUACGAGAUUACCACCACUCUUCACUAUCACCUAUUAAGGAGAUUGAAAGCAAAGUAUACGAACUGCAGGGAUAAUGUGAAUAAAAAUGCAGAUAAUGAAAGUGUGGAGUUAUUAGAAUGGAACUACUAUGAAGUCACAGAAUUUCACCAAUAUGGUGAUCCCGUUGGUGACCCUGUCUUCACCGAUUUCAAAACUGAUCAAAACCUCAAGCUCAAGUGCCAACAAUACAACAAGAUCCCGGCCGAAGUUUCUACAAUAGCAGUAGGAUUUAUAAUGUAUAAAGAAUAUAUAAUCUUGGAAAAGUUAUCCCUUGACACUUGUACGACCGGAGUUGAAGGAAUAUACAUCAACAGAAUGAAAAUAAAGUCUUACCUUGAGAUGGCCGAAGAAUUUAAGCUUGUGUUUAAAAAUAAAGAUGGAAACUGCUUUAAAAUGGACAUUUAUUAUUUUAUUAAUAGUAUUACCGGAGAUGUUUCUAUUCGUCGGUACGCUCCUGGUAGAGUCAAUUGCCUAAAUGAUUGGACUAGUGACGCUGCCUUGGAAGUGGAAGCGCCUUAGUACAAGAUUUACUGUGUUUCUCGGAUAGGCUCAUCUGAUGGAAAAGAUGAAUCAACUAAA